AAUGAACGCCAAAAGACCAAAAUCCCAGCGGACAAUAUCGGACUGGGAGUCAAAAUGUGAGCUCUGUCGGACACCGGCUACGGUGGAAUGGAAGUGUUUGAAUUGUUCUGAUUUUAUGUGUGCUAACUGCUACAAGAUCCACAAGCACGGUAAACUGACAAAGAUGCACACUAUCAUUUCCAAGACGAACAGAGGUAGCGAGAGUAACUUACUUCACAACAUAAGAUGUGACAAGCACGAAGAGGAAAACGUAGACAUCUUUUGUGCAAAGUGCGACAAGCCGAUUUGCAAAAUAUGUCUCAUAACGGAGCACAAUUCGCACAGUUUGACGCAAAUGGAAACAAAAGCAGAAGAAGAAGAAGAAAGCGCCAAAAUACGGAAACUGUUGAGCGAAGUUUCGGCUACAAAAAUUAAACAUUUUCAAGAGCAAAUAACCAAACAAGAAGCGGCUAUCGAUACUUUCACCCAGAAGGACAAAAUGGCUACACGUGAUAUGGAAACAAAAACGGAGAAGAUGAUAGGUAUUAUCAGGGAAAUCGGCAAUAAACUGAUAAAGGAGGAUGUCAAUCGAUUGGAGACAAUGAAAAAGCACAGAUCGUCACUGGCGAAAGAAUUGGCACAAAUCAGAAAGACUGUAGAAGAGGCGGAAGUGAGCUUGCAGAGAGGAAACGCUCUGGAAAUGAUUCAGAAGUCGCAUUACUUUGAAAGAAAACUUGACCAAAAAGUCCCGGAUGCACUGCGUCCAGUGUAUCACGAUUUCUUCAAGUUCAGAAUAGACAAGGAAAUUCUAACGGCUUUGAAAAAGGAAUGUAAUGUAAGAUUGCAUGAACGAGAUUUAGCGGAGUUACUGGAGAAAAAUAAAGCCCUACAACAAGAGCUGGACAAAGUAACACUGGAAAACGAGAAGCAGGUGAAAGCUCUACAGUCCAAACUGAACGCAGUCACCAUCAGGAAAAGUAAUUUGGAGAAAGAGUUACGUUCUUUUAGGGAUAUGAAGACCCAGGUAGAACAGGAGAGGGCUGCCUACAGGGAGUCAGCAAGCAGCAACAACGAGAGCACUGAAGCCCUGAGAGAACAAGUGAAAAUGUUGCAGCUAGAGAUCGAUGGUUUGUCUGAGAAAUCUAACAGUUCUGAUAAAAGCCAACGUUACAGGGACCUUGAAAAAGAAAACGAGAGACUGCGAUCUGAAAAGAAAAGAUUACAAAAGGAGAGUGGAGCAACGAUACUAAAACUAAGAAAAAAUCUUAAAGUUACCUGCCCUUUGAAGAGAGCAAAACUUGUUCAUUCAUUUAGAAUGUUUCCUCUACGCAAAUAUCAACAGUUACAGUUUCCAUUUAUUGUACAAAUGAGCUGUAGAAAAUGGUUUUGUAGCCGGUUUUGUGACUUCGAUCGAACGGAAGAAAAACAGCUUUAUGUACGCGAGGAUACCUUUUCCAGCUUUUCCAGUUCAGGAAUAGAAGUCGUAGAGACUGAGUCUUACAUGUGAUAGUGCUUGUUAUAUCAGGAGAAAGGACGUCCUGACUCCUGUGUUGAAAGAAAUGGUGUCAUAGUUAUAAUUGAAAAUGAUGUGUGUAUGUUUCGAAGGCAUUACAAAUUAUUACAAUAUAACAUGCAAAAUGUAGACUUAUUAGAGGAGGAUUCACUGAAAGAAAUAACUAGUGUGCCUAGUAAAGCGUUCUUCGUGAUUAGUAAUCACUCUGUUUACUAGCUAAAAUAGUGAAAAGUGGAGUAAUGGUCGUAAAGAUACUUAAAUACCUAGUGAAAGUUACUUAUAAGUUCUUAGAUUUACUAAUGUUAUCUAGUAAAUCUACCCAAUUCCCAGUAAAACUACUUUUGAAGUAGUGAUUGUAUGGACAGUAAAUUUACUAGUCUUCCCAGUGACUUUCACUAAUUUUUUUUUCAGUGUUUAAACAGUAGACAGUUACUGAUUGCUGUCCAGUUUAUUUAAACUUUGAGAUGUAUAUAUUGUUUAAUUAAAAUGUAUCAAUGAACUAACUAUAAUAUAAAUGCAACAAGAAACUAACAAUGGCAAGUUAUAUAGAUGAGAAAUAAACAAAAAUUAUGUAACUAAGCCCCAUUCAUAUGCGCUCGUUUAAUUAUAUACCACAGGCCUUGGAUCGCUUAAA